ACUAAAGAUCGGAAAUCAUAAGAUAAGAGGCACAUUGGAUUGAAUUGCAAGAACAUCAUAGAUAUAUAUAAUAACCCACUUUGGUCCAAGCGUUUGAAACAUCAUUAGAUAUAACGAAUAAUCACUGAACAGAGACAAACUCUCAUUAGAAUCAAAGGAACUAAUUUCUUGAUUUUUCUUAAUCACUAACCUCUCUUAUAGCUAAAGGUUUUAAGCAUCACUAUCAUCACUGCUAUCAUCAUCCUCGUCGUUGACACCACGGUUACUGUUUUCAUUGGAGAUGAAAACUCCAGGCUGGCUCGAUCGUCUCCUAGUCCUCGACGGAAGGAUAUUAUCCAAAUCAACCUCAGCCAAAGGAUCAUCGGAGAAAUCGCUUUCGUCGUCUUCAUCAAAACCUUCGUCAUCUUCAUCAUCACUGUCGUCUUCGUCAUCACUUUCCUCCACUUCGAUCAUUUUUCCCUUUCCCUUGUCCUCUCGAGAAAUCCCUUUACCUUUCCUAUCAACCUCUUCUUCUUCUUCUUCUUCUUCCUCUUCCUCGUCGUCUUCCUCUUCAUCUUCUUCAUCUGCAUCUUCUUGCUCCUCAUCUUCAGCUCCAAGAUCGCCGAUUACGCCAUUCUCAACCUUUUCAGCUGCUUUCUCCGAUAAAACCGAUGAUUCUGCACCAAUCUUUUCCUCGGUGGAAGAAUUCAGAUUCUCGACGCCAGUUCCAUUAAUUUCUCCGUCUUUGGACUCAGACUCAACAGAAUUCGAUGAAGGAUUAAGCUUCUGAGCCUUGUUUGCCACAUUAUCCUGCUCUUGGCAAAACAGAUCAGAUUUCCGCUUCACCGGAAACGAAGAAUCCUGUUGAUUCUCAACAUCCGCCAUAGAUAAAUCAAUCUUCUUACUUCAGAGAAUUCGCGAUUGGUUUGAGGAAGACGAUUCAGAGUUAGGGCUUUGAGCUGAAAGCAAACAAUUAGAGUGAAUUUUGGUGGUAACCCUAGAAGUUUUUGUAGGGUUUCUCAAUGAUUUUUACCGUCUUUGUUUCUCUCUACUUCAUUAUUUGGACCUCAACAUAUUGGCCCAUUAUUAAGCCCAUCUACCUAUCUUCUCAAAAUACUGGUGAAUGGUGAUUAAACAAAUUCACAUUAUGCUAAAAUAACCGCUUAAACAAACAAUUAAUCGCUAAAUCAAAUGAUUUUGUAAGUUUUAUAAACCGGACUCGAACCAAGACCAAAUUCAACUAUUGUGGUAAUUUAAUGGUCGAGUCUCGAGUGUGUGUGUGGCAGCAGGAGAACGUGCCGGGGGAUAUAAAACCGGCUCAAUGCUACAGUCAUACCGGUUUGGUUUUCUAUUCGAUAGUAUAAAAUUGAAACCGGUUAUCCAAUUUGACAGGCAGAGAAGAAGAUUUGAUUGAAGUACAGAUCCAUCGGAGAAGAAGAAGACAGAGGAAGAGAGAGAUUGAAGAUCAAUGACUUCGAGGUACUGGGUUGUUUCUCUUCCAGUGAAAGACUCUGCUUCUACGUUAUGGAAUCGAUUGCAGGAGCAGAUCUCCAAGCAUUCCUUUGAUACUCCCAUUUAUCGGUUUAACAUUCCUAAUCUUCGUGUUGGAACUUUAGAUUCUCUACUCGCUCUCGGCGAUGAUCUGCUUAAGUCGAACAGCUUUGUGGAAGGAGUUUCGCAAAAGAUCAGGAGACAGAUCGAAGAAUUGGAGAGGAUUUCUGGUGUUGAGAGCAACGCUCUAACAGUUGAUGGAGUUCCUGUUGAUUCUUAUCUCACCAGGUUUGUGUGGGAUGAAGCUAAGUACCCAACAAUGUCACCUCUGAAGGAGGUUGUGGACAAUAUUCAGUCUCAGGUUGCAAAGAUUGAGGAUGAUCUCAAGGUUCGUGUUGCUGAAUAUAACAAUAUCCGCGGUCAACUCAAUGCCAUUAACCGAAAGCAAAGUGGAAGCUUAGCUGUUCGUGACCUCUCAAACUUGGUUAAGCCAGAAGAUAUUGUCGUGUCAGAACAUCUCGUGACUCUCCUUGCUGUUGUUCCAAAGUAUUCCCAAAAAGACUGGCUAGCAUGUUAUGAGACAUUGACCGAAUAUGUGGUUCCUAGGUCCUCGAAGAAGUUGUUUGAGGAUAAUGAGUAUGCUCUUUACACCGUCACUCUCUUUACUCGUGUCGCAGAUAAUUUCAGGAUUAGUGCUCGUGAGAAAGGGUUCCAAGUCCGUGAUUUUGAACAUAGUGUUGAAGCACAAGAGACUCGUAAACAAGAGCUAGAAAAGUUGGUUCAGGAUCAGGAAAGUUUGAGAAGCUCUCUUUUGCAGUGGUGCUACACCAGUUAUGGAGAGGUUUUCAGCUCCUGGAUGCAUUUCUGUGCUGUGCGUAUAUUCGCUGAGAGCAUUAUGAGAUAUGGUUUACCUCCAGCGUUCUUGGCAUGUGUCUUAUCUCCGGCUGUGAAAAGUGAAAAGAAAGUACGCUCCAUUCUUGAACGCAUGUGUGAUUCUACCAACAGUUUAUACUGGAAAAGUGAGGAGGAUGCAGGAGCUGGAGGAGCCAUGGCUGGUUUAGCCGGUGACUCAGAGACAUAUCCUUAUGUCUCCUUCACUAUCAACCUUGCUUAAAAUAUUGAUGAGAGAUGCUUUUGAUGCUACUUCUCCUCGUCUCUGUCUUCAUCUGUUAUAUUUGUUUGUGUUCUAUAGAUUUCACAUUUAUUUUUCGUAAUAUAUUAUGAUUUUCGAAAUAAGGUGGCACUCAAGAGAGAUGUUGCUGUAAUUUAUAUUUGGCCGGAGUCUUUUAGAUUCCGGUGAGUUUCAGACACUUGUGGAAGACAAAAGGUUAUACAGUUGUUAAAGCCUUUUUGUCAUUUUGUGACCUGGUUGAUUUAUCUAUAUCACUCUGUUUCGUUUCUGUCU